AUGGAUACAUCCGCACUUGAUCUUCGCUGUCACAUACAUUUUAAAGUUGAACAACCAGUACAGUCAGAUGAUCUCAUAUCGAAGUCAUUAGAGAAAUAUGAUGUGAAGAGAGAUGAGGAUGUGGAAAUGGAAAAUCAUAGUAAAGUUGAAGGCAAUCCUGAACAGAUUAGUGAAUGUGGUAUCAUCAACAGCAAUGACAAUAUUAAUAACAACAAUACCUGUAGUAACGAUGUUGGUGUUGUUGUGGUUAAGAAACGAAAUCCAAAAGACGAAAUCCCCCUAAAGAAUCCAAAAACAUUUUUAAAAAUACACAUCCAACGCGUACACAAUGAUGUAGACUAUACAUGUCCACAGUGUUGUAAAACAUUUGCAGAGAAGUAUAAAUUGGAAAUUCAUCAAGCAAUGAUUCAUGGAGUUAGCCGGUUUAAAUGUGAACAAUGUAGUCAGUGUUUCUUGACAAAUGGUGCGCUCAAAUCCCAUAAUGAAGUUGUACAUUUAGGCAUUACUUACCCUUGUUCACAAUGUGGUAAAGUCUUUUCAAGAAAGUCCUAUUUAACAUUACACAAAGACUUUGUACAUCAACGUACAAAAUUACCCUGCACUCAUUGUAGCCUAACAUUCCCCUUUAAAUCUCGUCUGAAUGAUCAUAUUAAAAUUGUCCAUGAAGGCAUAAAACCAACAUGUGAUGAAUGUCGUAAAGAGUUUACAACAAAGUUUUCUUUAAAUGAACACAUAAGAGCAAUUCAUAAAGGCAUUAGAUUAGCAUGUAAUCAAUGUGAUAAAUCGUUUCUAUCAAGAAACUGUUUAAAUCAACAUAUAUUGGGUGUCCAUAAAGGCAGACUACUUUCCUGUGAUAAAUGUGACAAGCAAUUUUACUCACGAACUCGUUUGAAUCGACACGUUCGAAUUGUUCAUGAUGGGAUCAGAUUAUCUUGUGAUCAAUGUGACAGAAAAUUUUCCCGUAGAUGUUAUUUAAAUGAACAUAUCCUGAUUGUCCAUCAAGGUAUGAAGGUUACCUGUGAACAGUGUGACAAAGAGUUCGCUUCUAAAGCCAAUCUGGAUGAACAUAUCAAAAUUGUUCAUGAAGGAAUUAAAUAUCCAUGUGAUCAAUGCGAUAGAAAGUUCACUACAAAGUUUUGUUUAAAUGAACAUAUGAAAGUAAUUCAUGAAGGCAUAGCAUUUCCUUGUGAACAAUGUGAUAAAAAAUUCGCUUCAAAAACUACUCUUGGCCGACAUGUAAAAGCGAUUCAUCAAGGCAUGAAAUUGUCUUGUGAUCAGUGUGGAAGGCAAUUUUGCAAUAAAUCCCUUUUGAAUGAACACGUUCGAGUUGUUCAUGAAGGUUUAUCGUUUAAAUGUGACAUUUGUGGCAAUGGAUUUGUAAAAAUGACUAGCCUAAGGGAACAUGUGAAUAAUAAACAUAGAGGAAUGAAAUACACGUGUGAUUUAUGCGAUAAGAAAUUUUCAGCACGAACUGCACGCAAUCGACACAUCAAAACUAUUCAUGAAGGCAAGAAGUUUUCUUGUGAUCAGUGUGAAAGAAAGUUCGAUGGUAAAUCUCAUCUCAGAGAACAUAUUCAAGUUGUUCAUGAAGGAUUACCAUUUAGAUGUGAUAUAUGCGAGCGUCCAUUCACUAAAGCAGUCAGUGUAAGAGAACAUAAAAAGUCUGUGCAUAAUGGAGAAACUCAUUCAUGUGAUCAAUGUGGUAAAACAUUUUCACGUAAACGCUUUUUAAACCGACAUAAAAGUGCAUUUCAUAAAUCGAAGACAGGAAUUGAAGUAGACAAUUAA